UUAUUAAUUAACUACGUUAUAUAUAUAAUAAUAUUUUAAUGGGUAUUUGCUUGCACGUCCCUAAUAAACAAACACAGAUAUCUAUCUGUCAACAUGACGGCCCAUAUUAAACCCCUCCGGCCUCCUUCUUCUUCUUCUUCUUCGUCUUCUCUCUCUCUUUCUCAUUUUUCAGGCUGCUGCCCCAGAAUAUCAAGCGAAAUCCAAGGCUCCAGAUUCACUCACGUGAUCGACCUCUUCUGAUCAUGGACCGUCGAUUAGACUACACCGAACCCAUGUCUGAAAAUGGCCCGGACUCUCCCUCCUCCGGGGACGACAUGAACAAAACGACCUCGUUUGAGCCGUCACCCAAGAAAAGUAAAAGGGGAGUACAGAAGAGAGUUGUGUCAGUGCCGAUCAGUGACGUGGAGGGAUCUAAGAACAAGGGUGAGGCGUAUCCGCCGUCCGAUUCGUGGGCCUGGAGGAAGUACGGCCAAAAGCCCAUCAAGGGAUCUCCUUAUCCCAGGGGAUACUAUCGAUGUAGUAGUUCGAAGGGCUGCCCCGCUAGAAAACAAGUGGAGAGAAGCCGUGUGGACCCCACAAUGCUCUUAAUCACCUACGCUUGUGAUCACAACCAUCCCAUCCCCACCAAAUCACACUUAUCCACCACAGCCGCCGCCUCCGCCGCGGCGGCCGCCGCAAGAUCUACCUCGGCCACGUCAUCCUCAUCCGGCGCCGAAGACGUUCCAGCCAAAGCUCCAGUAGGGGCGAUCGCGGUAUUCUCUGGCCAAUCCGAACUCGUCAGUGAUGGCUCGGCUGCGUUGCUCAGCGGCUGCGGAUAUCGCCACCAGUGGUUCGACGAUGACGACGUCGUUUCGACGGCCAUCGUACUGGAGAGCCCGUUUAUGGAGGGAAACGGUGCUUACAUGGACGAUGACAUUUCGAUGGCGUUUUCUUCGGUGAGCAGCGAGGAUGAGUCUCUGUUCGCUGAUCUCGGAGAGUUGCCGGAGUGCUCGGUGGUGUUUCGGCGGCGGAUCGUGGAACCGGAGGACCAGAACCGGAGGUGUAGCCUGAGUGCGGUUCCCUGCUGCGGCAGUACAGGAUAAGGACCCCUGGAUCACCGAUUGUUCUGGCUUUAGAUGUUCUAAUCAAAAAGAUUUGAGUUUUCAAUUCGAUAAUUGUCUCUCAUUGAAAACCUCCCUGGUGGGGUUUCCCGUACCAUAUUAUAGCUCCAAAUUUCUUGUAAAAAAACUUUUUUUUCCUUUUUCUUCUAAAUUCUCUUAAUCUUAUUUCUUGUUUUGUCUCUAUCAAAAGUGUAAACAAAAAGAAUAAAAAAGUAAGAACUGAACUUUUUUCUUUUCAAAA